CGUCAAAUUCUUCUGACGUGUUUCUUUAGCACUGCUUUUCGAAAUCGUAAGCGAAAUAAAUCGCUCUAAUAUUAUUAUCAAUACAGAUAGACGAUAAGCUAACACACAAGACCACGUAUUUGACUUACAUUCGCAGGUGAAAAUGUUACGUCUUAUUUUUCUUACUGCUGUGCUACAAUGCGCUAUAGCGCAGCAAUAUCAACAGAAAGUGGCCCCUGGAGUGCCUCCACAGAACUAUCAGAACUAUCAACAGCCACCACCACCUCCUCCCCCUCAACAAAACCAGCAAUUCCAACAACAACAGCAGUACCAACAACAACAAUACCAGCCGCCACCGCCGCCGCCACAACAACAAGUGCCGGUUCAACAAGUGCCGAUUCAACAACAACAACAGCAGCCGCCGCAACAAGCUUCUCAUGGCCAUGCUCACCACGGUGAUCCUCAGCUAUUAAACCCCGCCAACAUAGCUCACGAAAGAGAACACAUCCAAGAGCACAUGGACGUGCCCAUAGACACUUCAAAGAUGUCAGAGCAAGAGCUCCAGUUCCAUUACUUCAAGAUGCACGAUGCUGACAACAACAAUAAACUCGACGGAUGCGAGCUCAUCAAGUCUUUGAUACACUGGCACGACGAUAAAGGCGUCAAAAGGGAGCUAAAUAUCAAUUACCAAGACAAAGAUCUGGAGGAGAUCGUGGAAGGCGCGCUGAAGCAGGCAGACACCAACAGAGAUGGUUAUAUCGAUUAUACAGAGUAUAGAUCAGUCAAUGUAUAGCUUAAAUUAUGGUAAAACUAGCGAAAAACCCCUGCUUCGCGCAGGUACAAUGUGUUAUACUUAAAAACCUUCCUCUUGAAUCGUUCUUGAAUGAAAUGUUGCGUAGUUUUAAAGAUUUAAACAUACAUAGGGACAGCGAAGCGACUUUAUAAUAAUUAUUAUUGAUUUAAUAUGUAGUGAUAAGAAAAUACGACCUUCAAGGCUUUAAAAAUAUUAGGGUCAAGUCACCAGUUGGCGUCCACCUGUCUAUUCGCGUCCAAACGGAUCACACUUUACACUUUAUUGUACACCAAAAAUAAAAGAAAAAGAAAGUAUACAAAAGAUACGACAUUCAGUUUUAUUAGUGUGUCGAAUGGUUCUUUUCCACUGUUUUAAUUAAAGUCUUACUUCCAAAUAGUAAUGACCAAAUUAUUAACUUAAAUAAAAGUUAUU